UUUAACUUGUCCACUGAGCCAAUUUGUCACCACAAUUUUAUUUUAUUCCUUCCUCCUCUUUGCUUCCCCUUAUCAUUAUUAUUAAAUAAUUAAUUAUUAUAUAUAAACAGCUUCUUCUCCCUUACCAGCUCAGCUCCUUAAGUAUCUCUCUCUUUUAUUUUUUGUUUUUUACUAUCAAACUUUUUGGUUGAAAUCCUUCUAUCUUAUCCGUUUAUUUGGGGGAAGUGCUUACGCUACUCAGGAAUCAUGGCUAGGGUUUUGGCUCAGCCAAUUAAUGUUCCUGGCUUAGUGGCUGGGCACAGGCAAAACCAACACAAGGCAUCGGGAAAAUCAAAAAGAUCAGUCAAAAUGAUGUGUGCUUUCCGAACAAACAGAUUAAGAAUGCCAGGUUUCUCAGGACUUCGUACUUUCAAUCAUUUAGAUACUAUGCUGAGACCUGGACUAGAUUUUCACUCAAAGGUAUCAAUUGCAAUUUCUUCUUCACGGCGAGCAAGGGCUACCAGAUGCAUACCCAAAGCCAUGUUUGAGCGUUUCACAGAGAAAGCAAUCAAAGUGAUAAUGCUAGCUCAGGAGGAAGCAAGACGUCUUGGUCACAAUUUUGUUGGAACAGAGCAGAUUCUCUUGGGUCUUAUUGGUGAAGGCACUGGUAUCGCCGCCAAGGUUUUAAAGUCUAUGGGAAUCAACCUUAAAGAUGCACGUGUGGAAGUGGAGAAGAUAAUUGGAAGGGGUAGUGGGUUUGUUGCUGUUGAGAUUCCGUUUACUCCCCGUGCAAAGCGUGUUUUGGAACUUUCACUGGAGGAAGCUCGCCAACUUGGUCACAAUUAUAUUGGAUCAGAGCACUUGCUUCUAGGUCUUCUUCGAGAGGGUGAGGGUGUAGCAGCACGUGUUCUUGAAAACCUAGGCGCUGAUCCUACUAAUAUUCGCACACAGGUUAUUCGCAUGGUGGGUGAGAGUGCUGACAGUGUAACUGCUACUGUUGGCUCUGGAAGUAGUAACAAUAAGAUGCCAACUUUGGAGGAGUAUGGUACCAAUUUGACAAAGUUAGCAGAAGAGGGAAAGUUGGAUCCUGUUGUGGGAAGGCAGCCACAAAUUGAACGUGUCACCCAAAUUUUAGGCCGGCGCACCAAAAAUAAUCCUUGUCUUAUUGGCGAACCUGGUGUUGGCAAGACCGCAAUUGCCGAAGGUCUUGCUCAGCGGAUUGCAAAUGGUGAUGUACCUGAAACUAUUGAGGGAAAAAAGGUUAUAACCCUUGACAUGGGUCUGCUUGUAGCUGGAACCAAAUACCGUGGUGAGUUUGAGGAAAGGUUGAAGAAACUGAUGGAAGAAAUCAAACAAAGUGAUGAAAUAAUACUUUUUAUCGAUGAAGUGCACACUCUAAUUGGAGCAGGAGCAGCUGAAGGUGCAAUUGAUGCUGCUAACAUCCUAAAACCAGCUCUAGCAAGAGGUGAACUACAGUGUAUUGGAGCCACAACAUUGGACGAAUACAGGAAGCACAUUGAAAAAGAUCCAGCUUUGGAGAGACGAUUCCAGCCAGUUAAAGUACCAGAACCAACUGUGGAUGAAACCAUACAAAUACUGAAAGGACUUAGAGAACGUUAUGAGAUUCACCACAAGCUCCGCUAUACCGAUGAGGCUCUUGUAGCUGCUGCGCAACUUUCUUACCAGUAUAUCAGUGAUCGAUUUCUGCCAGACAAAGCUAUAGAUUUGAUUGAUGAAGCUGGCUCACGAGUCCGUCUUCAACAUGCUCAGUUGCCAGAAGAGGCAAAAGAACUUGACAAGGAAGUCAGGCAGAUUGUCAAGGAGAAAGAGGAAGCUGUUCGCAACCAAGACUUUGAAAAGGCUGGAGAACUGCGUGAUAAAGAAAUGGAUCUAAAGGCACAGAUCUCAUCAGUUGUAGAGAAAGGCAAGGAGAUGAACAAAGCAGAGAGUGAGGCUGGAGAUGAAGGUCCUCUUGUAACUGAAGUUGACAUACAACAUAUUGUGUCCUCCUGGACGGGCAUACCGGUUGACAAAGUCUCAGCAGAUGAAUCUGAUCGCCUCCUCAAGAUGGAAGAUACUUUACACAAGAGAAUCAUUGGCCAGGAUGAAGCUGUGAAAGCCAUUAGUCGGGCUAUCCGUAGAGCCCGGGUUGGAUUGAAGAACCCUAAUCGUCCAAUUGCCAGCUUCAUAUUUUCUGGUCCAACUGGUGUGGGGAAGUCUGAGUUGGCCAAAGCAUUGGCUGCAUACUACUUCGGCUCUGAAGAGGCCAUGAUUCGUCUUGACAUGAGUGAAUUUAUGGAAAGGCACACUGUCUCCAAACUUAUUGGUUCACCUCCUGGAUAUGUUGGUUACACCGAAGGUGGUCAAUUGACUGAAGCAGUUCGGCGUCGUCCUUACACUGUUGUACUGUUUGAUGAGAUUGAGAAAGCCCAUCCUGAUGUUUUCAACAUGAUGCUACAGAUCCUUGAAGACGGAAGACUAACAGACAGUAAGGGAAGAACUGUGGAUUUCAAAAACACACUUCUUAUAAUGACAUCAAAUGUUGGAAGCAGUGUGAUUGAGAAAGGUGGCCGCAAAAUUGGAUUCGAUCUGGAUUAUGAUGAGAAAGACAGCAGUUAUAAUAGAAUCAAGAGCUUGGUGACUGAGGAGCUAAAACAAUACUUUAGGCCAGAGUUUCUAAAUAGGUUGGAUGAAAUGAUUGUUUUCAGGCAACUCACAAAAUUGGAGGUGAAGGAUAUAGCAGACAUAAUGCUCAAGGAGGUGUUUAAGAGACUGGAGACCAAAGAUAUUGAACUUCAAGUAACAGAAAGAUUUAGGGACAGGGUGGUUGAGGAAGGUUAUAAUCCUAGUUACGGAGCUAGGCCUCUAAGAAGAGCUAUAAUGCGGCUUUUGGAGGAUAGCAUGGCUGAAAAGAUGCUUGCUAGAGAGAUCAAAGAGGGUGACUCUGUUAUAGUAGAUGUUGAUUCUGACGGGAAUGUGAUUGUUCUCAAUGGUAGCAGCGGAAACCCGGAGUCAUUACCAGAGGCUCUUCCUGUAUAAAGUAGUUACCUUUUCUAUGAAGUAUGUACUUGAAUUAUUUAAAGCAUAGUCAUAGUAUGUUUUACUUGUCAAUAAACCUAAAUCUCUUAAUUUAUUACUGAUAGGCGCAGUUAUGUUUUCCCUUAGAAGCCUAGCAAAAUCAAUUUGAGGGGUUAACAUUGCAGGAACAGGGGGUAUAGGGGAAAACUAAAAAGGGUGUGGGAAUGAUGAAAAAGAGCCGUGUAUGGCAUGCCUUGGCCAUGUGCAUCCACCAGCUAUUUCAUUGGAAGCCAGAGUCUUUUCAUGUUUUCACUGAACUGUUAUAAUGUAACAUCCCAGCUUUGCUGUAUAGUACUGUACUACUAUUGCAUAUUUAUUGCUCGACAUGUAAUCACAUACUUGUACAACAACGACAAAUUCUGGACAGUUAGAUAUGUAUGAAAUAUGUGUACUCCAAUGUACAGAGAGGUUUACAUGUUUUUCA